CUUCUUUGCUCUACAGCAGGAGCUAAACAAUAAACACAGCCAUUCAUUUCUGUCGCUACCAAGAGCACAAGUUACCCGAGUUUAUUUUGCUGCUUUUAUAGUAUAUAGCUCUAAUUUUGUUCAGCCUGGUGAAAAUUAAAGAAGCAGCUCAAAGAGGCGGUGAAGGUCAUCAGCUCGGGCAGUCUUUUGUUUGCUUCCUAUCUCACUGUUGUUGGAGAUGAGCGCUUCUAUGCCAACCAGCUGAUGCCUUUGCUGCAGAGGCUUGUGGGCCCAGAAACAGCACAUGUAUUGUCAGUGAAGAUGAUAGGACUGGGUCUGGUUCCUCUGAACCGCUACCAGGACCCGGCGUCACUGGAAGUGAAUGUGCUUGGACUGAAGUUCAAAAACCCUGUUGGGAUUGCGGCAGGAUUUGAUAAGCAUGGCGAGGCUGUGGACGGCUUGUACAAACUGGGGUUUGGUUUCGUUGAAGUGGGCACGAUCACACCGAAACCUCAGGAGGGAAAUCCUAAACCCCGUGUGUUUCGCCUCCCUGAAGAUCAGGCAGUUAUUAACAGGUACGGAUUCAACAGCUGUGGUUUGGCAGAUGUCCACACAAGGUUGAAGACUAGAGGAGAAACGCAGCAAAAGCUCAGUAACACUGGCCUUCCCCUGGGCAUCAACCUGGGGAAGAACAAGCUUUCCCAGGAUGCAUCUGCAGAUUACUCGGAGGGGGUAAGAGCUCUGGGUCCGCUCGCUGACUACCUGGUGGUCAACGUCAGCAGCCCCAAUACGCCAGGCCUGCGAGAUCUGCAGGGGAAGGCUGAGCUCCGGCAGCUUUUACGCACGGUUUUAAAGGAGCGUGAUGCUCUGCAGGAAGUACGCAAACCUCCAGUCCUGGUUAAGAUCGCUCCUGACCUCUCAGCCCAGGACAAACAGGACAUUGCUGAUGUUGUUACUGAGUUGGGAGUAGAUGGUUUGAUGGUGUCUAACACCACUGUGUCCAGGCCAGAAACGCUUAAAGACCCACACAAGUCUGAGGCUGGUGGGCUGAGUGGCCAGCCUCUCAAAGACCUCUCCACUAAGACUGUCAGAGAAAUGUAUAAUCUAACCAAAGGUAAAGUGCCGAUCAUUGGAAUUGGGGGCGUGGCCAGUGGGCAGGAUGCGAUGGAUAAGAUCCGGGCUGGCGCCUCACUGGUUCAGCUCUAUACUGCCUUGACCUAUCAGGGUCCUCCUGUGGUGAGGAAGAUAAAGCAAGAACUGGAACAACUUCUUAAAGAUCAAGGUUUUAGCUGUGUAUCUGAGGCUGUUGGAGCAGAUCACAGGGAAUCAGAGAGAAAAUCUUAGCAAACCCUCCUAAGACGCUGCAGCCCAUGGAGCUGCCAUCUUCUCCAUCAAAUCAACACAAUCAAGUUUCUGUGAUAAAUUCAAAUUUAUUGGGAUUGUUCAUUAGUCCAUUCUGAUUUUCAGGGUGGCAAUAAAUCAUCUGUUUUUAUAUUUCAUUUUACAUUUUCAAUACAUUACAAUAUCUUAAUUUUUGAAUAUUUUGUUUUUGGUCACUGUAUUGUAAAGCAGGUCUGUAACCUGAUUACAGCAGGUCAUGUUUUGUUACAAUGUAACAGAAGUUUGUGUUUUUAAAAUGCAUGAAAACACCAAAGUGCUUAAAAACAUUUUUAAUAGUUUAGAUAUUUUUGUUUGCGUAAAGAACAUAAUGUGCCAUAACAACAUUUGGCUAAAACCUUAAAAAUUGAUUGAAUAAUUAAAUACAAUUUAAACUUUAACACAAAUUUUGACAUGUUUUUUUUUCUCUUUGUAUUGCUGUCAGUUGCUGUAGCUAUAUAAGUGUAAGAACUUGAUGUAUUUCAGAUGCAUUGAAACCCAAAUCUCAUUCAUGUUGUUCUUGGCAUUUAUAUUACACCUGCUUGAGUGUCAGUGCAGCAAACCUGAUUCCAGGCAAGACGCAUUUGUUUCAACAACUAGACAGUUCAGUGCUUUAAAUGAUGAAAACAUAGGGGCAUAAUUAAGGAAAGGAAAGGAAACAAAAGAAAAGUUGGACAACAUACUAAAAUUGGUGUUUCAGUAAAUAUGCAAUAGUCAAAGGCAGCUGCCAACAAAUGGGUUUUUCAGCCUUGAUUUAAAUCAACUCUUUUUCUGGAAGUUUGUUCCAGAUUAGUGGAGCACAAAACCUGAAUGCUGCUUCUCCAUGUUUGGUUCUGGUUCUGGGGAUGCAAAGUAUUGAACUAGAAGACCUGAGUGGUCUGGAAGGUUGAUAAAAACAACAGGUCUAUAAUGUAUUUUGGUGCAAAGCUAUUCAGUGAUUUAUAAGCUAACAGAAGCGUUUUAAAGUGUUUUCUCUGAGCUAAUGGGAGCAGGGGCAACUUGGUUGAUAUACUCUGUGAGAACAGAACCAGUAAUACCAGAACUGUGGCUCUUCUGGAGCAUUUAUGUGGCUGAUUUGAUAAGGGAAGUCUCAGUGCUAUUGUGACUUGAGCAAAAUAUAUCAAAGUGGUUGGUUUGAUAUCUUGAUAUCAAAACAACCAAAUAUUUAAAAGUUAUUUAAAUAUUUGAAAUUGGCCUGUAAUUUUGCAAUAGCAGCUUUUCCAGAUUGUUCUUUUUUAACAGUGCUUUGAUAGCUGCUGUUUUAAAAACAAAACAGUUUUUAAGACAAUUAUUUGCGUCGUAUCAGACGCUAUAACUGGCAAAACUUUCUUAAAGAAAUCUGUGGGUAAAAUAUCGAGACAGCAGGAUUUGUGGUUGAUUUGGUAGAAUUGUCGUUUCCAUUUUUUAUACACUGCCCAAUAUUGGUACUGAACUUGAUACUUAUGUACACGCUAAACCCCAUAUUUUCUAAAUUUUCUCAGUAAAGAUGUGAGCAAAUUCAUUGUGGGAUCAAUAAAGUGCAGUUUAGAUGAUACAGCCUGUAUGAAGCUGUGAUCUUUGAAAGCAUUUGUAAUUCAAGCCGCUGUCUUUCAAGCAGUCUCUUUCCUUCGUGUGUGUCAAUAGUACUGCAUGACACGGAAAAUAUUUGCAACAGACAAGAACCUAAUAAAAUAUAAGAAUCAUGUAAUAGUAAAUUGAAUAGGGUUUUAUUGUAUUUAAAUAUCUGAAUAUUGGUGAAAAGCAUCUGAAACAGCAGUAAAUACAUGAAUGCUGACAGAGAGAUUGUUAGACAUCAGUAUGUUUAAGAUGACUUUAUUGUAUACAUACAGCAACAAAGGAAGUCUGCACAUAGCUGUGUUUUCAUGUCCAGAUAAUUGGAGCAGACGGCUGCUCUAAGAAAUAUUCUUGGCUUUUUAUCACUUAUCAACACAUUGAAAUUCUCAAAAAGUGCCCAGAAUAGGUUAUAUUUAUUAGUUGCUGCCUGUGAAAGCAGCAGUGCUGUGAGGAUCAGCUGUGAGCUGCUUAUUUCUCUCCUGAGGCAAAAUCCAGACCGUCUCAUCCCAUAUGUGGUGUCAGAAGAGGAGGGGAAGCAAAACUUUCUGAACUGUUGGCCACUUGGAUGUACGGGUUCCUCAAAUAACUUCUGUCAUUGCUCGGAGGUAACAGUGGUGACCGCACAGCUCCUGUCCCUGCAGGCUUCACUUGGCUUUGAAUUUUAGAGCUAGCAGGAAAUGAAAGGUCCACUGUAUCAUUUCUCUUAUGUAACUCUUAAAGCUGUUUCUUCUUAAAUACAGCCAAUCAUUCAUGUGGUAGAUGUGCUUCUGCUCAGCACACUUGAUUGAUCUGAUUGCACUGCCUCAUCAGCAAGUCCUGCAAAAAUUAAGUUAAUUGCAAAGUCAGGUAUGUGACAGGAAUGAACCACCUCAAACAUGGAGGUCAGUGGGCUCUGGGGAGCUCUACCGUAUUAAUAAUACAAGAGCCUUCUAAUAUUAGAUCUAAGGUAUUGAAACAGAGAAAUGGGUAAUCAAUAGUACAAUAUCCCCCCAAAAACAACAAAUAUGCAACAGAAUGGAUGAAAGAGCUCCAGAUGUCAACCUGACUAAAAUGUUGGGGUGGGGUGUAAAAACAAAUGUCUGCAAACCUGGAUGAAGUUGAGUACUAUUGUAAAGACAAGACAGAGAAAAGUUCUUGUGCAGUGACUGAAGUCAUGAAGAAAUCACUUGACAGUAUUGAUACUAAAAAGAUGGUUCAACAUGCUUGUAAAUUACAAAGUGUGCUUUGUUUUUCCCUUGAUUUUUUCCAUUAAAUGGGUAGAAAAAACACAA